AAAAAAAAUCCAUCGUGGACCGUGUGGAUUAUUUUGUUUACUUUGCUUUUCUCAUUCAUUUUUUGCAACAGCAACAACUACAACAAAAAACAUUUUGGGGGAGAGAGAAAAAAAAUUGGAAAAUUGAGACAAAAAUUAUAGUUCAAAAACAUGGAUCAUGCUGCAAUUGAGCAAACGCAUUCACAACACGAGCCUAUAAACUUUGGAAUUGACCAAAUACUGAACAAUUCGGAGCCAGGCAGUUGCAUGCACCCUAACCGAGUUGCUGAAUCGGAUUACCAGAUCGCUACCAACGCGUACAACUCUCACCCCGAUGGCUACAGUAAUGCUUACAAUAGCGCCUGCAGUAUGGCCGGAUUACCGGGAUCCUAUAAUGUUAACAUGUCUAUGAAUAUGAAUGUAAGUAUGAAUAUGAAUCUUAAUAUGAACAGCGGGGCCGGGGUGAUCCGAGUGCCCGCUCACAGACCUAUGCCUCCUCCACCUCUCUCGGCCGGGAUGCCAACCGUGCCCUGUCUCCCCAGCAUGGGCAACAUGGCAAACUUAUCUAAUUUAACUUUUCCCUGGAUGGAGAGCAGCAGGCGGUUUGCCAAAGACAGAUUAACAGCUGCCCUGUCCCCCUUCACCGUGGCCAGGAGGAUCGGCCACCCAUACCAGAACCGCACACCUCCAAAACGAAAGAAGCCCAGGACCUCGUUCAGCCGCCUGCAGAUCUGUGAGCUGGAGAAACGCUUCCACCGGCAGAAGUACCUGGCCUCAGCCGAGAGGGCAACGCUAGCCAAGGCCCUCAAGAUGACCGAUGCUCAAGUCAAGACCUGGUUCCAGAACAGAAGGACUAAAUGGAGGAGGCAGACGGCUGAGGAACGUGAAGCCGAGCGGCAACAGGCGAACCGACUGAUGAUCCAGCUUCAGCAGGAGGCCUUCCAGAAAUCGCUGACUCAGCCCAUUCAGCAGGACCCCUUGUGCCUGCACAAUGCCUCACUUUACGCCCUGCAGAACCUCCAGCCCUGGGCUGACGACAACAGCAAAAUCACCUCGGUGACCUCAGUGGCCUCGGUGGUCUGAGCAACCAUUAAACUGACAAUCCUUUUGGGUUUUUUUUUCUCCCCACUGGCACAGACGCUCAAACCCCCCUGGUUACCAAAUCGUGCUGCACAUUACUGUAUAUUACUGGCUGGAAUAUUUUCUUCUAAAAAUGUAAAAUAUAAGGUUGU